AUGCUCACUAUCGAGGGUCAGCGGUCGGACACCACGUUCUACUUCACGUUUAUACCUGUCGACGCCCGCUCGACAUCUUAUGCGCCUAUACAGAACCAGUCUGCUCCUUGUGAUUCCAAAAUUUCCAGCAAGACCUCGGAGCUAUCAAGCUGCAAAAAGCGGAAGCGCCAACGAUUUUCGACCCUCGAGAACUGCCUGCUGAUAAAGCUGAAGUAUGGGAAGAAGUUGUCUUGGCAGGAGAUCACGGCUCACUUCCCCGACCGCAAUUCGUGA